AUGGGAUCUGCAUGCUGAGCCACUGGUCAAAGACAACCACAGCGUCCACGUCUAUCCUUCUUCACAAGUAUGUCUAUUGAAGAACCCACUAGAAUAAGAGGUAGGACCCAAAACUCACUUGUAGACAGACACAGUUAUCAGAGUAGAACAGGGUGAAACACUAAUCGAGGAAUACCAGCAGGGACACCAGGAACAAGAAGGAAGCUGAACAGUAUUAAGAAGGAGCUGGACGAGUCUGUAGUAAAGAAAGAAGUAGUUGAUAGGAAGAUUCCUUCAAGGUAAACAUAUCAAAAUGUUAAAAAUCUUAAAAUACGAUUUUUAGAAAAUUUAUGAAUUACAACCGUAUAAUUGAUUUCUCAGUAUAUUAUUUUGUAAUCUGCAGGUAUCAUCAGAAGCAGGAGGAACCAAGAGAUCAUUUUCUGUUGGAGAGAUACACCCACAAAAAGGUAAACCUUUUCUGCUCCGAUAUGAUACAUUCAAGUAGGAUACGUAAUCAACAAAUCCAAACUGUUUACAAACAAAUAAUAAUUGUACAUCCCAGAGACUGAGCAAUGAUAACUCCUUCCCAAAAUCUAUUAGAACAAUUGAAGAAGGAAAAAGUCUCCUUUACGACCAUUCACUAAGGUACAGCACUAUUCUAAUGCAACACGAAGACGAAGAUACCUCAGAAGCCAUGUUAGAAUACCUCCUCGACAAAGACCUAACCUCCCAACCUCCUAUCAACCCCUCUAUCCGCAAAACCUCCUUCCAAAGUACCCCUUCCAUUCCCCCAUUCCUAAAUCUCA